AUGGCUUCUCAAGCAGAUUCAAGUGAGAACUCAAGUGGGAGUAUCACGACAAGCAUCUCCUCAUUAUCUCAUAUGGAACCAGGGAGUAUAUACCUGCAACGGUUGCCCUCAGGGAAACCUGCGUUCAUCCGUCGAUCAAAAAGAAUCAAGACUCCUGGUGCUCUGUUAGCAGAUGCCCUAUUUAACCCACAUUCUUCUCCAUUGAAUUACCUCCCAUAUCUCGUACCGGACCACAAUAGAUUUGGGGCUGCGAGUUCCCCAGAACCUCAGCAGGUGCCAGUCAUCCCGUACGAGCAGCUCCAACAACAGCCGUAUCCGCAACACUUUCCGCAAAAGCUUCCACAACCGCUUCCUGUCACACAGACUCCUUUCCCGAAUGACAUGACCCAAGUGGCGCCCUUUCCUCCGUACGCUUAUCAGGCUGUGGAGGAGCUUACGAAAUCUGACAAAAAUGAAACAGUCCUACCUGCUCCACAAGCGUUUGCAGGAGGUGCAGGAAGUGCGAUAGCUUUUAUGCCACCAGUGAAGACAGCAGUUGUGAUAGCAGGGAGAAGAAGUCUUGCUACAAAGAAGAGUACGAAAGGUAAAUGCUAUACUAGUGAUAAUGAGAGUGACAGAGCUCCCUUAUACACGGUUCAGCCUUCAGGAUCUGGAGUUUAUGAUCCGAACCGGUGUACCGUGAAUCUUUCAAAUCAUCGAACCAGUGGAGUUUAUCAGAGGUCUUCCGAUGCUCAGAUACCGCAGACCCUAUAUGCUAAUAUGAACGACCAGUUUACAUCUGUUCAGCGCUAUCCGACAGGUGGUCCUAUAUAUCAUUCUUGUGGCAACAUAUCCCAGCCCGAUCAGUAUGUCCAUUCCCAUUGUUUUGGUAAUUGUGCGGCGAUACCCAUCUUCCAGGGUACCAAUGCCACUACUCGGGAAAGCUCUCCACGAACUUAUUACUAUGACAAUCGAAGGGCUUACGAAUCCAGCGUCAGUGUCGGGGUAGAGCCACAAGGCCAUAUUAAAGGUUCCAAUGCAAAUGACGAAUGUCGGAGACGGGAUCAUGUUCCUCCCAUGCAGCCGGGCUGUUCUCAGCAUCCUCCCUGUAAUACUCAAUAUGUGCACGAUAAUCGGACGUACUCAACAGGGGAGCGUGAGCGGAUCCCUGGGAGGGAAUCUAAAUAUUCUUCAUAUUCUUAUGCCCGCGAUGCUCAACGUGAUAAUCCAAACCGCAGUCCGGAAUGUUACACGCGUCGUGAACGUAGUUCAUCCAGAAGAAGCAGUUAUUCAAGGCAUAGACCGGUCCGGGACUUCAAUUCUCGACAUGAUGAGUACGAGGUCCCGCAAAUGGUGGAAAUUAGAGGUAGAAGAUCAAGUCGGUGA